CGGAAUAAUUCCACUCUCAGUGAUCAGGAAGGAGACAGAGAAGAACAAGGAGUUUGUUAGCUUCAUAAAGCUGCUCUUUGAUUAGAUUUUCAGUCAAACGUGAAAAUGUCGGCAGCACUGGAAAUAACCGGGUUCUUGCUCGGCGUUGCAUCGUGGUUGGUAACCGGCGCCGCAUUAGCCAACGACUACUGGAAAGUCUCAUCAUUCUCCGGGAGCGUCAUCAUCUCAAGCCGUCAGUACGAGAACCUGUGGCACGCGUGUGCCGAAGCCAGCUCCGGGAUCGCAGAAUGCAGAGACUUCGAGUCCCUGCUGGCUUUACCAGGUUUCAUCCAGGCGUGUCGAGCUCUGAUGAUCGUCUGCCUCAUCUUAGGCCUCUUCGGGAUGAUCGUGUCAAUCCUGGGCCUAAGGUGCAUUACAAUCAGGAGCUCCAGCGAUAAGGCCAAAUCUAAGAUAGCCGCCACCGGUGGCAUCCUCUUUAUCCUGGCAGGUCUUUGUUCACUGACGGCCAUCUCGUGGUACGCUGCACGCAUUGUUCAGGACUUUCAAGACCCUUUCAGUGGAGGCAUAAAGUUCGAGUUGGGGGUGGGACUGUAUAUGGGAUGGGGCGGAGCCUGUCUCUCCAUUCUGAGUGGUGCUCUUCUCCUCUGCUCCUGCAAAGGAGCAUCCUCAGGACCCAAGGGCGGUUACUACCCCAGCAGUCAAACGGCGAAGAUCCACAAACCCGUGUCGGAUUCAGAGACGGCGAGGGCUUACGUUUAAACCUCAGGAAAAAAAUACUUUUCUGUGCAUGUAGUGUUGUUACUUGUUAGUCCUCUUUUUUCUACAUAUUUUUUUAAAUAUGAAUCUGAUGAUUAAUGUGGAAUCCGAUUCGUUAAUGACGUCAAAAUAUUUUCGGGGUUUUAAGACGUGAUAUAAUUUUAUCUGUUUACUGUAAUUGACCUGUAUUGUGUUGUUUUUGUCUUGGAUUUCAAUAAAGCUGAAUAAAACGGACCAGAGAGACGUAA